AACCCAGUGCGGGACCGAAGCGUCAAGUGGCGCCUGCUCGACCAGAAACAGGCGAAAAAAGAAAAAUACGAUUUAACUGGAUUGUACGACAGCAGCAAUCGUGAACGGCAUUUCGAUUUAAUAUGAUUUCCUGUGUCUAAAACGCAUUUGGUUCUAUUUGCAGUGCAUUAGAUUUAGUCCCACACUCGCAGUCCAUUGAGUAUAUUCAUUGUUUUGAAGCUUUCAUCGAUGUUACAAAUGACGGAGGAGAACGACAAAUCUCUUGCUGACCAUCCAUGCAGCCCUGCCGGGACCACAAGCUCCAUGUCUCAAGGUGACUCCGAUUCAGAUUCCCCCCUGUCCCCAGCCGGAUCCGACGGGCACGGCACUCAACUGGUGUCCGGCUUGGGCAAGAAGAUGGAAGGCGAGGAAGAUGACCGCUUUCCAGCCUGCAUCCGAGAUGCCGUGUCGCAGGUCCUCAAGGGAUACGACUGGUCGCUAGUCCAGAUGCCAGCAAGGGGCAACGGAUCGCUGAAGAACAAACCGCACGUAAAGAGACCGAUGAACGCCUUCAUGGUGUGGGCACAGGCUGCGCGGAGGAAAUUAGCGGAUCAAUACCCCCAUCUCCAUAACGCAGAACUGAGCAAAACUUUGGGCAGACUAUGGCGCUUGCUGUCGGAGAGUGAGAAAAGACCCUUUGUGGAUGAGGCUGAAAGGCUGAGGGUCCAGCAUAAGAAGGAUCACCCGGACUACAAGUACCAGCCGCGCCGGCGGAAAAGCGUAAAGCCGGGCCAGAGCGAUUCGGACUCCGGUGCUGAGCUCAACCAUCACCCGGUGGGUCAGAUUUACAAAGCUGAGCCCGGAAUGGGCGGCUUGGCGGGCCUGGGAGACCAGGAUCAUGCAGGUCAAGCUCAUGGUCCACCGACCCCCCCCACCACCCCUAAAACAGAUUUGCAGUACGCGGCGAAGCAUGACCUCAAAGCCGAGGGCCGGCGCCUUCUGGACGGCGGCCGACAAAACAUCGACUUCAGCAACGUGGACAUCUCGGAGCUCAGCACCGAGGUCAUCAGCAACAUCGAAACCUUCGACGUCCACGAGUUCGACCAGUACCUACCCGUCAACGGUCACGCGCCCCCGGCCCCCUCGGGUGCCCCGCCCCCCGACCAGGUUCAUGGGCAAAGUCCAUCAGGGGGCGGCUCCUACGGCGCGUCAUACGGUCAGCCCAGCGGCUCGGCGUGGAGCCAAAAGGGCACCGCACCCUCCAGCGACGGCGAUUCGGCGCAGCAACGACCGCACAUCAAAACGGAGCAGCUGAGUCCCAGUCACUACAACGACCGUACCCACGGCUCGCCGUCCCACCCCGACUACGGCUCCUACAGCGGUCCGGUAUCAUCAUCGUCAUCAUCAUCAUCUGCGGCCGCUUCCUACUCCAGUUCCCCGUGUGACUACACGGACCUCCAGAGCCCCGGUUAUUACAGCCCGUACUCCGGGUACCCCUCCAGUAUUUACCAAUAUCCGUACUUCCAUUCCUCUCGCCGGCCCUAUGCGACCCCCAUCCUAAACAGCCUGUCAAUCCCUCCUUCUCACAGUCCGACAACCAACUGGGAGCAGCCGGUGUACACCACCCUUACGAGGCCGUGAUCCGUCAGCCGAGGGCAGAUUUCGGGAGGAGGGGGGGGGUCACGUCCGCUCAUCCACCGGGACUUCUGCACUAACCGAGGACGAUCAUUUUAUUCAACAGAACAUAUUUAAGUGCCUGCUGAUUUUUAUGGGCCUGUG